AUGAAGGGCGCCGCCUAUGUAAAGCGCCUCGAGCUCCUCUUUGGCGCCUACAAGCACAUGAACGCGUUUAUGAGCUGUGGAGUCCAGGAAUUUCGCAUCAUUUCCGCUGAUGAGAAGCGAUAUCGGGCGGAAUUUGAGGUCACGAAGGACAUGGUGAAUCCGAUCGGCAGUCUCCACGGCGGUUGCUCAGCUACACUGCUCGACGUCGGCUGCGCGGCGUCGGCCUUCAUUCGAGGCAAAGUCGUUCUGUCCAUCAACCAGGAAGUGACUGUCGUCUCGGGCGCGAAGCUGGGCGACACCGUUUAUAUGGACAUUGAGUUGAUACGAUUAGGUAAAACCCAAUGCUACACGCGCGGUGAGAUUGUCAAGAAAGCCGACCAAAAGAUGGUGGCUUUUGGCACGUGCACCUACACUGUCCCUCCAACUCGAGUGCUACCUGAAUCGGCUCACAGCCUCAUCUCUCAACUGACGCAAAUUCAG